GGAGCAUGAUUAUUCAGUUAAGCCUUAGAUACAAGACCAACAAAUUAGAAUGUGCUAUAAUCUAAAUCAAUAUAAUUUUGUUGUUAAUUUAAAGCAAGUAAUUUAAUAAAUAAAAAAUGACAGGGUCAUCAGUCGACAAUUGGGACGUAUUAGACGAUUUGAUCACUAGAGAUGAAAGCGAAAGAAAAGAUCAAGAAAAAAUGUAUGCCAAUACAAAUAACGAGGUGCGAAGACCGACAUCAUUGACCGCUUCAAGGAAAACGACAACAGACGAUUGGCUGGGCCUGCGUCCGAAAAGCAACGUGGAGAUACCGUCGUACGAACCGUCAUCAUACGACAACGGUGGACAGAAUGUGUCGAGGCGUCAUGACUUUAGGCGACAGAGCACGCAACAGCGAACAUCCCGUUCGGCGGGCUUGUUGUUCAGCGACGACGAAGAUGACGUUAAGAAGAAUAAAACCACCACUAGAAACGUUUUUGACUCGUCAACCGAUACCACGUACCGUGGUACGGGUGCAAGUGCUGUGCCAUUACUAACCACGGCAACGACUACGGUCAACGAAAACGCCGUCGACCGGACGAGGACUGCGGUUUUCGAGUCACAGACAUUGUCGAAACGCCGGGAGACAUCACCGUCAAUCACGGUCGCCAAAAAAACAGCGGCAGCCACAGAAAAUAUUCCUUCUUGGUUGAACGGUUUAAUACAUAAUACAGAUGAAACGACCGCCCUGACUACCGCUCCGCAAUCUACUCAACAUAUUUUAUCCACUGAUAAAAUAGUUGAUACGGAUGUUCCACAAAAAACUGAAAAAGUUGAGCAAUUUGCCGAAGAAAAAUCGGCUUCGAUUUUAUCCUUGCUUAGAGGAAAAGACAGUAUCCAAACUUCCAUGUUGAAAUUGAUUCAAGAAUUAGCUAAAAAAAAACAAGACAUACAACAGGCUGCAAUAACACUGAUUCAAGAUCAACAAAAUAGCGAUCUCCUUAUUAAAGCGUUGUUAAUGGAUAAUAGUUAUUCUACAAUGAACCCCGAUGGACAAGAAUUAGAACGUCUGAGAUCUGAGAAUCACAAAUUCCAACUGACAAACGAUCAUCUUUCAAAAAAACAUGAAUUAGAAUUAGAUGCCUUAAAGACUAAAUAUGAAUUACAGCAAAAUGUGUUGCAUGAGAAACUAGACCGUUAUGAAGAGCGCGUAAAUGAGCUGGAAGAAGAACGAAAAGCCGAUAUGACGGAACGAAAAGAAAAUGAAAAGUGUUUAAAAGAUAUGUAUGAAGAAAGGUUACGCUUGAUUCAUGAGAGUCAUUUAAUAGAUCUUAAGCAAACUACUGAAGUACAAAGAAUUAAAAUGAACCAUUUGGAAGAAAUUGAAUCUAGUUUACGUGAUUCAAAACCAAGGCGCCUGACCAGCGAAGAAAUGACCGCUAGAGAGAUCUCAAUUACCGCUCAAAACAAACAACUUAAAGAUUUACAGGAAGAAAUAGAUAAGCAAAUGGCCACGUUGGAAGGAGAAAAGUCUGCACUUCAAAUGAAAAUCGAAGAAUUCGAAUCAAGAAAUCAACGAGAACGAAACGAACUAGAACUCUUAAAUAAAGAGCUAAAACGAUCAAUGAAAGCAUUUGAGGAUGGUCGUAAGACAUGGCAACGAGAGAAAAAAUCAGAAACACAAUACAUCGAAAGUAGGAAACAAGAGUUAGAGGAUGUUCGAUCGUCAGUCAUUGAAGAACAGCGAAAAUUAGCAGAAGAACGGUUUGAAGUGGCUUCGGAGCGAUACAAACUCGAAACCAUGCUAAAAUUAGAUACUGGUACGGGAACUGAUUUAAUACAAGCCAAAGUGGAAGUUAAAGAGAGUUUUAAGGAGCUAAAAAGAAAAGAAAAAGAAUUAGAUAAACGAUUAGAACACAUUAAAGAAUUAGAAAAACGUUUAGCCGAAGAAAAAAACAAGUUACAAGAGCUAGACGAUGAGAUUAAAAUGAAAUCAAUUCGUGCUGAAAAAAUGUUUAAGAUGGCACUUUCAAAACAAGAAGAAGGUCUAAAGGCUUUAGAGAAUGCAAAAGAUAUUCAAAAUAAGUUUGAUAAAAAAGGUAAAGAUAUUCAUAAUCGACUGUUGGAUGUAAUAAAACGGGAAGAAAAUAUUGUCAUGGAAGAAACUAAAAUAUCCAAAGAAAAAGAUGAGUUUAGCAAAUUACGAAAAAAACUUGAUCUGGUUCUACCUCAAUUGUCCGGAGAUGAAAUGCGUUUUUUAGAUCCUAAUUUAAAUAAAUAUGAACCUGAAAAGGAAGUAUAUUUUAAGAAAACUCAAUUAUACUAAUUGUAAGUUUUGUAUAAAUGUUGAUUCAAGUGGCGGAUUUGGACGUGGAUUCACCUCAUUGCCACGCCUCCUAUGGGGUUUUUUUUUGUUACUCGUAAAAGCGCGUCUAAUAUGACAUAAUGACUACAUAAAAUUCAUAAAUCAUAAACUCAUAAUUAUAACUUCAAACUUAAUUGAAUAAAUAAAUUUGAAUAUCUUAUCAAUUUUUAUUAUUUGAUAAAUUUUGAUUAUCAAUACAAAUUAUCGAAUUUAAAUAACAAUAUAAUAUAUUUUUCAAAACAAAUUAUAACCACAAUUUAUUUAUUUAAUAUCGAAUAAGUGUUAGAUUUUUGUAGCUUAUUAUUAUUUUUUUUUUAGAACAGAUGUCUAAUGACAUCAAUGAAGGUUUAGAUAUUGAAAUAUUUAUUUUUAGGUUUUUUUUUAGACAGUUUAAGUCGUUUAAGAAUUAUUUAGUCAAAUCAUUUAUAGUCAUUUAUAGACAAAUUUUGAGGGUCGGAUUAUUGGAAAUUUAUUUUUAAGGACUAUUGAACUGAGGACGUGUCCAGUUGUCCAGAACGACCAAACUCCAUGAAAUUAUUAAAAAACGUUUUAAACGUAAAAAAAAUAUAUAAAUGUGGGCAACUUCCGAGUGCGUCCCAAAAUGUUCCUUAUUUAAUGUUCCGAAUGCGUCCGAAAUAAGGUCUCGCCCUAAGAGAAAAAGAUCACUACUUUGACGUAGCCCAAAAAUAUAAAUAUAUCUAAAUAAAUAAAUCAUAUCAAGAGAUUUGUUUAGUUUUGUAUUUCCGUAUUUUAUUGACUGAUCUAAUUUUUUUAGAUAUAUGAUUAGAAGUUUGAAUCAAAACGUUUGUGUCUAUUUUAAUUUUUGUUAACAUUUCUAAGAAGGAAUAUAUGUCCGGAUGAGGUGUGUAAAAACAUUAAUUCAAUUUUGAAUGGAAGCUUUACACAUCACUACACAUAUUGCACGUGGUUGUCAAAGACUAGUUACGAAUAAUAUGUUUCUACGUAUGGAAAUAAAUGUAAACUAACACAUUGCAAUAUUAUUAGUUAUCAAUGUAUUUUAUCCAUAAAGAUAAAUAUUGUUAGCAAUAAUAUCGCGGACGCACAUGGGAUAUACCAAAAUUUUUAGCGAUAUUAUUGCGGACGCAGUUGGGCUAUUAAAAAGGUACGAUAUGAUUAACGGGACACACUCGGGCGACGCCCAUAAAUGCAUAGUAUAUUAAAACAUUUAAAACCACGGUUAUCUACAUGGGUUAGAUAACCGUGUUUAAAAACAUAUUUGGACCUUAACCAUCCUUCAUGAUCUUCAGAUCCGCUACUGGUUGAUUCAUACAUUUUUUAUUAAAUUUUUAACUUUAUAAUUAUACAAUUUUACUGAGAAAAUAUGAUCUAUUUAUUAAAUUACUUUAUUAAAAUAAUUCCCUCUAUUUGCUUUUUCUUUAUACUUACCAGUUAACAUAUACCAACAUUUAUUCACCAACAACUUUAAACAAAUAAAAAAAAAUAUUAAACUGAACUGUGACCCAAUCUUACUAAGGAAAAAAUUUACCCUAGUCUAACUUAAUAUGCACCUUACACCCUAAGUUUAAACUGAGGUUCUAACAAAACAUACUGAGUACCUACCGACUACAAAUAAAUUUAUAAAUAGAAUCGUUUCCAGUCAUUAUAUUAAAUUUAUUAUAGUGUUGGUUAUCUCCAAUUGUGCAUUAUAGUUUGUACAUAAGUAUAUGCUGCAUAAAUUAAUGUUGUUAGCUAUUUGUUAUAUGUAUUAAAUAUUAAUAACUGAAGAAGAAUUGAAGAAGUAUA